AAGUUGAAGCUAAACCCGAGGUUAGAAUAAGACUUCGUUCAACAGCUGGUUUAGCAGGGUUGAAAAAUGGAUUAUCAUCCAAGAUUACCGCUUCAUAUCUUGAAGAAAUUUCAUUUAAAUGGUUGAAUACUGCUAUUGUUGCAGUCGUUGUAAUGACAAAUUGUUUGUUUGAAACUGUUGUUCGUAAAGAUGAAUUAUUCGAUUGUUGUUGA